AGUUUUUGUCUCAUCUAAGCCAGUUUGUUUUACUAAAACUGUUGUUGCAAAUGAUGAAAAUUAUAGUACUUCCCAGGAUUGCACUAUAUUUCUUUUAUUUUUUUAAAUCGGACAACAUGUUAUGUACAUUAAAUUCUAACUUUCAAAGAUUUUGAUUUGAAUGCGAUUUGGCGGCUAUUUCUACGAGCUUGGACGACUUCUAUCAUGAAAAAAGUCUUUCUCAGCAGACAUGAAGACAAGAAACCCACCUUCCAAGGCAAUCUUAAAUUCACAGAAAGUUCAUCCAGAGACGCAUAAAUUAACAGAAAAUAUGGUUGCAGAUUCUAAAACUGAUUCUGUUUCCAGCCUCGUGAGAGCUGUGCUUGUGAAAGCAUGGCGAGAGCGAUGGAAUGAAAUAAGAUGGGGAGUUUGCUUGAAACGAGUUCUUGCUAGCUACCCUGAAGAAAACUGUGACCUUGCUGAAAUACUACUACAGCAAGCUUUAGUUGGUACGAGCCCAAACACUUUGGUUAUGUCUUACCUCCGUCAUGCUAUCAGUUCUCAACUCAUCACUCACAAUGUAGCCUACCGAAACAUUACAAAAUUUGAAGACUUCAAUCGACCUUACUGUAUUCUUGGUUUAGUGGAACUGGUUGAGAGUGUAACAGUAAAGUUUAGUUUUGCUUGUACUGCUGACUCUCCUCUGGUGUUAUCACGUUCAUUACAAAAGCUACUUCAUUGGUUGCUACUUUGUAUAUUAAAAUCUUUGCAAAGACUUGCUGAAGGUAGACAAACUCAAGAACAUAUCACCAUUAUAGACCGAACGUGUACUGCUAUCCAGAAGAUAAUGCAAGGAGGUCCUAUAUGGGCAUUGUUAUACAUUGCCAGAUCUGAAGAUAAUGAGACUUACAGAGAAUUUGAACAGACAGAAGUGAAUGUCCGAGGAACAGUUACACAAUUACAACAAAAUGUCAUAUCAAUCCAGCAACGAGAGAAGGUUAUAGAAACAUUACUGGUUCUUGGCGGUCAAGAAAUGCAAAAUUCUUCAGAUAAAGCAGUUUUAGAAGUCAGUCAUUUAACAGUUUGUCCAACAGUAAAUGCAUUGGUAGCUCUUGAAGCUGUUCUAAACCCAACAAAUGAUGUACAACCAUUCCUGGAACAGCUGCUUGUUAUAGAGAAACUUGCAAAACUUAAUCGUGCCAAGUUAUACUGUGAAUUAAUGCGAGCCUGCUUUAUGGGACUAAUCGAUUCCAAUGGCGGCCAAGAGGAACUGAAAUGGGCAGCAUUUACUUUCUUAAAACUCCCGCAGGUUUUAUUACGAAUUCAACGGCAAUCGCCCGGCCAGGACUUUUCUCAUGAACUUGAAUUGGGUUUUGAUAGACUAUUAAGCUAUGUACCUUUGUUGGAUGUCACAGAUUUACGGCUUAACUGUGACUGUGUUACAUUUUUGUUGAAGGAGUGCCAGAAGUAUUCCUUGCUAACUGAAAUACAGGGCUCUAAAUUGCAGCAACGCAGGUUAGUUUCUGUGGCCAGUAAACUCCAUCUUUCACUUACCGUCUCUCUACACCCCCCUGUUGAGCUAGGGACUGAUGUUAUGCAGCCUGCACCGUUAUUGAGUUCAAUAAACUCUGAAACACAAAAACCUAGAUCAUCGGAUGCUGUUUCAAACACACAACCCAGUGUUAGUUUGAUUCUACGAGCUGAGCCUACAGUCACAAGUAUUCUCAAGACAUUAGAUGCUGAUUACUCAAAAAACCAAGAACCUCUUCUUGGAGUAUUAUCACAUAUGCUCUCUGGGAAAAGUUUUGAACUAAUUCUUGCAGCUGCUGCUGCCACUGGAAAGCUGCAAAGCUUUGCUAUCAAGCUAGUCAAGUUUAAUGAAUUUGCACGUCAAGCAACUGGUGAGGGUGGGAAAGCAGCCAAUACAAGAGCUUUGUUGUUUGACAUUUCUUUCUUAAUGUUAUGUCACAUAGCACAACUUUAUGGUGCUGAGAUAAUUACUUCAAGUCCUGAUUGCUCAGAGUCUUUCUUUGCUCAGUGGUCAAUGAAAUGUCUGCCAGAAGAUGGUAAAUACAAAUGUAUAGAGAAUAGCAGUCCUAGUGACCAACACAAAGUUGACUUGCUUUUAAACCAGUUUACAAAUGGAGGGGAACAUAAAAACAGUAUGGCUCGCUGGCAUGAAAUCUGUAUGAAUGCUCCAUUUGCAAUGCAAGAAGUUCUGUUUGCAUGGGAACAUGGUGCUUUAUCUGCUGAUAACGUUAAGAAUAUAUUAGAUUGUGUAAAGAAAAAGAUGUGCUGUCUACCCGUCGUAGUAUCAGCCUGGUUAUGUAGUUACAUGAACACAGUUGGUGAAGAAGCUCGAUCAAAACCACAUAACAUGCUUGAACAACUCAGUCGUGUUAAUCCAGAUUCCCAAGGACAAUAUCCAUCAGAAAAUUAUCAUGAAAGGUCUCAUCUUAUGAGUAUAAUUUUGUGCAAAAUGAGUAAUGAUAUUUUACCUGCCUCAAGACGCUCAACUGCUCAGCAGUAUAUUCCCCCAAAGGCUCUACCUGGCAAAGUCAUGGAUCAGACAACACAAGCCAUCUUUGAAAAAGGCUGGGUAGAUUUACGGAGUCUACAUGCUUUAGAACAAUUAUUAAAUUUAUGUGGCUCUGACUGGUUUAGUGAUAGGCUUGUUGCAAUGAUGCUAGCUGGUAAUCGGCUUGAAGAUUUAUCCUUAUCUCUUAGUUUAUCAUUUGCUCUUUGCCACAUGGACCUUGAGAACAUCAGCUUAAGUCUACUUUUACACACUCUUCCCAACAUACUGAGUUCCCGACAUAAAAUGCAUAUGCUCGUCAACCCCCGAGGUGCAAUGUUAGCAAAACUAUGUGUUAUGUGCAUUGUAGGAGCUCAGAUGGCAAAAUCAAAUAGUAAAGAUUCAUUCCAUUACACUAAAAGAGGACGAAAACGCCCAUUCCAUGAAGUAGACUGGGAGGAACCUGAAGAUGAAAAUAGAAAAAACAAAAUGCGUAAAGUUCAUGAACCACAAAUUACACUCGACUCAGAAGGUUUUAAUUUAGAUUUUAUUACUGCCAAAGAAGAAGGUGAACCAUCACCACCCUAUGAUACUAAAGAUCCUUUGAACAAAGCAGUCUUGAAUCUGAUGAGGAUGAUGAACUCCCUCUUACACAGCAGUAUAAUCAGCCCUCGAACUGGUUUUGUAGCUGCACUUAUUGAAGAAGCAGUACGAUGUGGCAGGCAAUAUUCUCGUCUUAUUCUUCAAUUCAUGCCUCAAGGAAUGGUUACUCAGUUAUUAAAAUGUUUACCAGGAUCUCUAACAAAUCAACAAAUUCUUUCUAUAUGUGAUUUAUCCACCACUGUAGGACGUAAAGUAGCAGCUAAAGCAAUAUACCAAAAUGCACAGAUGAAAAAAGUAUAAAAUAGCAUAUUUUUUUUUUGUUUUUAUAAAUAAAAUUAUUAAAAAAUU